UUGCUCUUACUGAAGCGUGCAAGCAAAUGGUAAUGAAAAAGCCCAAGCCAUUGGGGUAAAUAGUACAAAGUCUUUAUUGUUAAUGCAUUUUGUCAAUAACUGACAGUGCCAAUACCUUAAGCAGCUAUAGCGACAGCCAGACAUGGAUACCAUACACACUUACAAAUGCACAGGGACUAUGGAGUUUACUCAUUAAUUUAUUAGUUCACAGUUUUGAUUAAUGCUGGCAUACACAGUGAGUGGCGCCAAUGGCAAAGUUUGACAAGCAGCAUAUACCCAACCAAGCCGGUGUAUAUUACGUACGAGAGAGAAUAACUCAAAUCAGAAUCUAUGCUGGAUAGGUAUAUCGCCAGUCAACGAUUAGAGCUCCGGCAUUGACUGUCUUGCAGAUGAGAGAAGAACUUGAAUAUGUAUUCUCAUACAAAACUGACAAUAAUUUCGAAAACAUCAACUCAAUGCGACGUCAAAAUGAUAAAGUAUAAUUUAAAAACAUGACUUCAAAGGCCUUCGAAACAAGAAACUAUGAAAGUCAAAGAAACAUGUGAGGAUGAGCUUUGAGACGCGAUUAAAAGAGCAACAAUCCUUGUAUUUUCAAGACGCGGAAAUUAAAUUCAAACAAAGACAUGACGGACAACAAAAAUCACAACCCCAAACCUACAUCACCAGAUGAAAUGGAGAACCAUCCCGUUGCAGAUCAGUAUCUUCACGAGAGAUCAUCCCCGAUGUCGUCACCGGGUUCGUCAUCAAAGAAGUAUUCGAGGACCUUCAAACAGCUCGUGACCGAUGUCCGAGUGAAGAUGAAGCUCAGGGGGCUGGAGGAGAUCAAUGAUGAUCAUCAUCUUCAUAGCUUGGCAUCAGCCAUUAAGAAGGGGUUUCAAUCUACCCGCAAGAACCCUCAACUAGAAACGGAUGAGGAGUCUCUCGAAUCUGACGAUUAUGGUGAGGUUGACGAACACUUAAUUCCCAUGGAAAACAAAAAUAAGGAAGCUGUAUUCAGAUACUACGCACCGAAUGUAUUCAGAGAUCUCCGAAGUUUGUUAAACAUCUCAUGUCAAGAGUUCUACGAUCGCCUUGAUAAAGAACCAUACAUCCAGUAUAAAAGCAACUCAAGAAGUGGACAAAUCUUCUUUAUGACUAAUGAUAAGCGGUACUUCCUGAAGACAGAGAACAGAAGAGACGCCAAAGUGCUUCUGCAUAUGUUACCCGAUUACGUCACACAUCUUACGAACUACCCCCAUUCACUGCUCGUAAGAAUUCAUGGGCUCUACUUCAUCAAGCUACCGGGAAAGAAAGGGAAAUUCUUUUCUGUGAUGCAGAGUGUAUUUCCUCCCGAAGAGGGCAAUAACAGGUAUGACCUCAAAGGCUGUGUCUUGAAUCGCUACGUAAAGCCAGAGAAAGAAGGAAGCCAGUAUGUGACUGUGUUGAAAGACGUCAACUUUGGUGAUCAGAAGCUGUAUAUAAGAGAUCAGAGACAAUGGUUUCUACGACAGGUUGAUUUGGAUGUCGAGUUCCUGAAGGGGUUUAACAUCAUGGACUACAGUCUCCUGAUCGAGCAGCGGGCCAUCCACUCCAUCGAGCGAGAGAACGACGGAGAACUGGCCGACUUGGUCAUCAGAGUCAAAAAGUCUACUCGUGGGAUUACGAGGACAAAACCUACAGUCGAUGUUUCCAAAAACAGCCAAAGGCCCUCAUCCAUGACAGGUUCGAAUGCAGGAAGCUCAAUCAUGGAUGGAGCCAUUGAUCUCCCUGGAACUGUCAGUAGCGCCGAAGAUCAAACCCUCGAUGUCGACCUCACCCACAGAAGCGACGUCAACCUCCGAACCGACUUCCAGUACAACACAAACGUGAAAGGCAGCCAGGAGAUGUCCGAGGAUCUAGGAGACUUCGAGUUGGGACGCGUCCACAGGGACUCCUACAAAACUACAAGCGGAGAGGGCGCUUCGUCGAAGACAACGCUUCAAGAACACAACCAAAGACUCCUGCCGAACGUGCAUAACGCUAUCCACGUUGUCGAUGGUGAAAAAGAUCGUUAUUUUGUUGGAGUGAUAGACAUUCUUACUCAGUAUAAUUGGAAGAAGAGGAUGGAAACGAUGCUCAAGUCCUGUAUCGCUCCAAGAACGCCGUUUUCUUCCGUGAGUUCAGAGAAAUAUGCCAAACGAUUUAAUGAUUAUGUCGCCGCGCAUACAGAAUGAAAGUAAGACGCGGCGCCGCCGUUUCCCCGACUCCGUUUUCCUAUCCUCAGUUCCUUUAAUCAAAUGAAUGGAUUAUGAGAAAAGACAAUCAAAGAUUCAAAUUUGUAUUGUCCACGUUAAAAAAUUAAAUUGGCCUCCCCUGGCAAAAGAUAACAAUAAGCAACAUAAGAAUACAUGAAUAUGCACAAA